GUUAAUUCAUGCCGCGGGUUUUUAUUUUUCAGCUGGUUGACAGAGCAACUUCUUUAAAGUGGGUGUUUCCUCUUCGCGUCGUGUUUUUUCUGCCCGUUUUUGUUCAGGGAGUUGGUGAAAUUUGUCUUCAUGAAAAUGUCAGUGGAUAAAGACGAAACGAUUCAGAGGUUAAAGGCAGCAGUACACUUUACUGUGGGUCGUCUGUGUCAGAAGAUGGGAGAGGACAACCGGAGAGAGUUCAGUCGACAAGUCAUAGCGGCGAUAACCGAGACAACGUUCAGACAAUGUGAUAUAUUUGCUAAAGACCUGGAGGCCUUUGCAAGGCAUGCUAAAAGAAGCACAGUGAAUACAGAAGAUGUAAAGCUCGUAGCCCGUCGCAGUACUGCAUUGUCCAUCUACAUACAAAAUAAAAGUGAAGAAUUGAACCAAGAGCAGAGGGAUUUGAAAAAGAAGAAUACUGGGAAGAGGAAGAGCAGAGACACUGAGGAAAGCAAAGAAUAAGGACAAGACACAGGCGGGCCUGCAGUGUCUCACUUGUGCCCAACAUUCAAAUAAACAUGAAGGCUGAUCAAUACAUGACAGUAAAUUAAGUGUCACCAAAAGUAUGGUUAUGGUUAUUGUGAGUUUCAGCUGUCUACAGCAAGAGAUUUUGUUGUAUUACAGCAGUUCUACGUACACUUUGUGCACAUUGAGACUAAAUAUUCUUUACCUGUUCAGGGACCUGCUACUGCAACGUCAGAUUAAAGUGCAUUUGGCGUUGAUAUGACCAUGUCUGAACUGGUAAACAUUAAAGUUUUUUUUAAAGCAUU